UCCUCUUCUCUUAUGGUGGGUGGUAAACUGUUGCAUAUGAGAUGUUGCGCCCACAUAUUGAAUCUGAUUGUGAGAGAUGGACUUGCUGUUUUGGGAGAUGGUAUUGAAAGGGUGCGUGAUAGUGUAGGAUUUUGGUCAGCAACUCCAAAGAGACAUGAGAAGUUUGAGAAAACUUGUCGCUUGAUGAACAUUGAGUACUCUAAGAGGCUGUCCCUUGAUUGCAAAACCAGGUGGAACUCCACAUACAUAAUGCUUAGUAUUGCUGUGAUGUAUAGGGAUGUUUUUGAUCGCCUUAGUCUCCGUGAAAAUCAGUUUAAUUGUUGUCCAUCUACUGCUGAUUGGGAUUUUGCCAUAGAGAUGAUUGAUAGGCUCAAACUUUUCUAUGAUAUCACUACUUUAUGGUCAGGAAAACAUUAUGUUACAGCCAAUCUAUUUUUCCCUAAAGUUUGUGGUAUAAAUUUAGCAAUCCGCAAAUGGACAACACCUACUUAUAUGCAAUUGGAUGAAAUGCCAGAGCAGAUUAGACAGCAGUAUCAGAUUAUGCAACAAAUGUCUGAGGAGAUGAAAAAGAAAUUUGAUAAGUACUGGUCUGAUGUCCAUGGUCUGAUGGCUAUUGCCACUGUUCUUGACCCGAGGUACAAGCUCCAUAUGUUGCAGGCUCUCUAUGGUUCUCUCUACGGACCUGAGGCUGCAUGUACCGAGGUGGCUCGAGUGAAGUUGCUGUUGCGUGAGCUGUUGGUUGAAUAUCAGGAUGACUCUUCUGCAGGAACAACACAUGGUGCUACUGCUGAGCCAGUGGCUACGUUUGUUCACACCGAGCUAGACCUGUACCUAGAAGAGCCAACUCUGCCCAGAACAAAGGAUUUUGAUAUCAUUAACUGGUGGAAGUUUGGAGGAAUCAAGUUUCCCACUCUGCAGCUUAUCGCUCAUGACAUCUUGCCUAUUCCAGUCACAACAGUAGCUUCAGAGUCAGCAUUCUCUACUAGUGGUAGAAUUCUUAGCCCUCAUCGCAGUAGGCUUGCACCAAAGUGUGUUGAAGCUAUAAUGUGUAUGCAAGCUUGGUGCAAUGCUGACAUGCUUGGGGACAACAACUCAUCACUCUCUACAACGUUUCAGACUUGCCUUGAUGAGGAGGAUGAACCAAUGGUAGUCAGAGAAUGUGGCGGCACAAAUGCUCCACACGAACUUGGGCUGGCACGUCGAGACAAUGUUUCAUCUGUCUUUGCUCAACACCACAAGGAACGUGCAUCACCACCCUGGCCGCGGCACAUACACGAUGAUGAUAUCAAGUCAGUCAGUGGUGGGCUGUCUCCACCGGUCCAUUCGAGUCUAUGGGAUGGUAUGAUCCAACUGAAUUCUUCUAUCAAGUUUUUCAUGUCCGCUUUCUUUAACAGUGGAGAAAAAAUUCUAGAUAUUGUUUGGCCGGAUACCAUAGAAAUCAAAGGAAGAGUGAAACUGGAGGAUUUUCAAAAAUUUGUCAAGGACCUUCGUCACUCUAAAAACCGGUCAAUAAUGGUAAUUUCCCUGUGCUCUAAAGUUGGAUCCACAAAAGAUGGCGUAGGAGGAAUACAGGAGGUUGCAAAGAGAUUCGAAGUGAACCAAAGAGUUGGCUUUGCAGAGAUCGAAAAUGGUCCAUAUAUUUAUAUAUGUCCCAGAAAUGAGGCCGUAAUAACAAACCUUGGUAAAUAUGGUUUCUGGAAAGGCGUGUCAACAGUUGAUACAAAUCAAGACUCAUUAAUCGGUUUUGUUGUAUGGGACCGAAAUCCACUAGUAAAGACAAGCACGACAGAGUGCAGUAUUGAGAAAGUACAAGCAAUCCAAGGCAGUCAAGUGGAAGCACAAGAUGUGACAGAUGAAGCAGAAAUACCUGAUUCACCAUCCGAACUAGCAUCAAAACUACUUGUGCAGUCAUCUCAGGUCACAUCAUUCAGGGUACCUUCCUUAAUAGCAUCUCCGACAUCACAGGAUUUGCAAAUGUCAUCACAUGACAUUCCCAGCAUACCAUUGGAAACCCCAGAAACUCGGCAACAUGUUCGUCCUAUCACGGACUCUCAUUCUGGAACUGUGCAAGUGGAGGAACCCAAUUCAUAUUUUCAUGAAGUGAAAAAGUUCACUCUUGCUUCUAAACCUUACAAAACCGAUAUUCAUGGAUUGCCCCUGGAUGCUAUGGGGGAAGCUACCCCCUCUGAUUUAGCUACGGAAAAGAAUCAUAUAAUUGGAGGCUUCUCUGGCAGCAUAACACAACAAAAAUAUGUAUCAACUGAUGACUCUCCAGAACUGCAGCAGUGUCCAUCAUUGUUGAAUCUCCAUUCUUCUCAUACACCUGAUGAUGAAGAGGACCUGCCAGAAUUUUUCUUUUCUCCUCCCUAUGGACAUGACAUAAAACCUAAUGUCCAUUCACUCAACAACGAUACUGGAGGGACUGGACAGUUCCAGCAACCAUCAGAUUCAUUCUUUCAAGCUCGUGAAAAAAUUGGGGCCCAAGGAACUUCCGCAUAUAUUGGCUCAAGCAAAACAACAAACCCAAUAUCUCAUUACGAUAUGGAAAGAGAUUGCUUUAGGGAGAAUAAUGGCUUUGGUGAUGGAGACAGGAUGAUCAAGGCUUAUUUGAUGGGCAUCGUCCCCCUCCACUCUCAGAUCAAGGAUUAUACCCUCUGUAUUCUCCUCAUGUACCAGCAGAUCAACAACUAUUUCGUUGGCAUCCUCCUCUGGUACGAGCAGAGCAAUGCUCAUAUCCGCCACAUCCUUCUCCUGAUCUACCAGAUCAAGGCUUCUAUCCUCGACAUCCUCUUCCUGUACCAGCAGAUCAAGGCUUCUUUCAUUGGCAUCAUCCCCGUGUACCAGGAAAUCAUGGCUUCAUUUCUCAUUGUUCUCCUCCGAGUUUUGCACCAGGAUAUUAUGGAAGCAACAAUGCCUCCUAGGGGCUUUGCUCCCGGCCAUGUGUGGCGCCCCAUGUCUCAUCCAAGGCCUGGGAACAAUCACCAUGGUUUUGAAAGAUCAGACGGCUUCUCUGGCUCUAGAACAGGUCAUUACUCUGGACCUGAAAAUGGAUCAGGCAGCAGGCCCUCCAGCUCCUUAGGUCAUUGGUGAAAUCAGUCUUGUCACAAGGAACAUUCUGAAUAAUUCGUCUUAGAUUGAUAAUCUUCAGCAUUACAUGCUAGACACCGAGACAUGGAUUCUAGUUUCUCUUUUAUUUCAUUUUGGACUAGUUCCUCCCAGUUUCUACAGAGCAGAAUUUCUGUGCCUGAUAUUUUGGAUUCAU